AGGAAUCGGAGGGAAAGAAGAGAAGGGGAAGAGCACUUGAUACGUAGCAGAAAAUCGAUGUUCAGACCUGCGAGACUCGUAAUGAAGCGAACGCCAUCGCGGCACCCCGGCAUCGCUGCUGUGGUUUAGUGCACAUACACACACAGUUCCACAGACACACAGAGCUUCACAUACACACACAGUUCCACACACACACAGUUCCACAGACACACACAGGGGGGUGAGGGUGGUAAGAAAAACUCUGUGCACGCGUGAGGGCGUGCGUGUGAAUGCGUUCGGUGAAAAAGCACGCGCUGGGCAGGCAGGAAGACGGAGACAUCGAGCAGUGAGGGAGGGAGUCUAGGUUUGGCAGCAUCCACACUGUCCGCAGCUACUGCAGCGCCCCCUGCUGUGAUGGACACAGCCACACCAAUAUUCCUUCCCAAGCUUACUUAACGUCAGUCAUCUGCAAGCGGUGGAAGAAUAUUCUGUCCUUGGCUUCAGAAGCCGUUUCCGCAGCUGCAGUCGAUGCUUUGCGGGAGGACGGGAUGGUUCAGGACGUCCCGUUUACCCACUGACCGGUGAGUUCAGGGUGAAACCUCUCGUGUGCCUCCAGCCCGCUGUGAGUGGCGUCCCUUUACUGAGUUCUGGAUGAAAGCGUCAGCAACUGUGGUCUUCGACUGUGGCAUCGCGAGGCUGGGCGUUCUGGCAGUCGGCAGCCAGCAGAGGCCGACAUGAAUUAUGCAAAAUAACAAUAAAGUCAAACACAACUCGACGUUGUCUCCAUUCCUGGGACGAUCUCGGAGAGGACAGACAACUCUGCACCAGCCAUCUUCAUGGUUGUCUUCGUUGAAAUCCUCUGAACCUCGCCGGGUGCAGCGGUCCCCCCCACAGCAGCUUGACAGUCCUCCCGCUAAGUAAAGCCACCUUGGUGGCGCUGCCCACGGACUGACUCUUCGCCGCAGUGCCACCGGAGUGCCAAACAAGUUUCGAUCCGUCUACAGCAGCGACCUGACCUACUUCCACUCCAGGAACCCGGACAUUGGCAGAUUGUCGGUGUAUCGAGACCCCUUAGAGAAGUGCCAGCCCCAAACGUCACCAUGACAACAGAGUAUGAGCCCGAGGAGAAGCCAGAGCAGGAACGGAGGGACAGCUAUGAUUUCCAGUUCACGGCCAAGAAGCUCAACUCCGACCAGCAGAAGCAGGAGCCGAUUUCAGUCAGUAAGUUCGCUUUUAGGAGGGACUUCAUCGACUCCUUGUUCACUGUCGUCAACAAGGAUCUCCUGUUCUGUAAACUCUUUUAUUUCUUCUUCUUCGGGGCCUUCGGCUCGCUCUUCCCUCUGCUGGCCAUCUACUUCAAGCAGCUGGGCAUGAACGCCUCCCAGAGCGGAGUCCUCAUCGGCUUCAGACCCUUCAUUGAGUUCCUCAGCGUGCCGUUCUGGACAGGACUGGCGGACCGCUGGAGACGGGGCAAGGAGAUGCUCCUGUUUGCCAUCUUGUCUUGGGUGGUCUUCACGCUGGCUAUCGCUUUUGUCCAGCCGCCGGCCCACAAGUGCCUGGUGUACAACGGCACUCACACCGUUCUCGAAAUUCCGUACUCCGUGCGCACGCGCCGCGACGUCACUUCCGUUCAUGUGAUGGACGAAGAGAUUGCCCGGGAUCUCGAGAAGAACGUUUUGCCAGAUGAGAGCGUGCUGGUUUCUCUGGGAUCUUCGGACCAUCUCUUCGUUUCUCCCCAACAUCUGGACAAGCCACUGUCGAUUCCAAAGACUCUUUCUCCAUCUACUUUUGAUGACAACGUGGACCACGCUCCAUCAAGGGUCAAACGAGCGCGAUACAACCUUGACCCCAGCAAGAUCGUCAAUGCCAACGCCUCUGACCUCGCUGGCCUCAUCACAUCCAAACACUCGACGGUGGUCUACAAGCAGGACGAGGUGCAAUACGACUUCUUCAUCCUCUUCCUGCUGGUGAUCGUCGGCGAGUUCUUCAGUGCCCCUGCCAUCACCUUCGCGGAUUGUGUGACUUUGUCUCUGUUGGGCGAGGACACGGAGAACUACGGCAAGCAGCGCAUGUUCGGCUCCCUGGGCUGGGGGUUGUCCAUGUUCUUUGUGGGUAUGGCCCUGGACCACGCCACCACAUUCCCCAAGCACCCGUGCGGCGAGCAGCACCCUGCAGAAAAAAACUACACCGUGUGUUUCGCCGUCUUCUCCGUCCUGAUGUCCUGCGCCUUCCUGACAGCCCUGCAGUUCCGCUACGACUUCCACGGCCCCGGCCGGGACAUCGCCCUGGCGGAACUGAAAGAAAGAGUCAAGGACAAGGUCAAGAAGACGAUCACAGGGAGAAAGAAGAUGGACCGGGAGAGGCUGGUGGAGGAAGACACGGAUGAUGACAUGGAAUACACGAGGCCAGGGGAAGGUUACGGAACAUACACGUCGGAGGAGGGAAACGUGACCAAAGAUGCAACAGCCGGCAACAACAAACUGGCCGCAGAGUCCGACAAGCAUCUGAGGAUCAAACCAGGCCUGAAGAACGACAUGGUCACCGACGCUCUGAAGUCUCCAGGUGCUCUGGCACAUCGAGGCGCCUACCACAACACCAGUGGUACUGCCGUGCCUCCGGGCCGCUACACCUCCGAGCCUUUCUUCGGCAAAUGGCUGGCCGUGGUGCGCCUGCUGUGGUCGUACCAGUACCUCUCAGUCCUCGGCAUCGCUUGGUUCAUGGGCUUCGGCAUCGGCAUCAUCUUCACCUUCCUCUUUUGGCACCUGCAGGACCUGGGUGGCUCGCCUACCCUCUUCGGCGUGGCCUCCGUCAUCAACCACGUGUCGGAACUGCUCGCCUACUUCAUGAGCAGCAGGCUGCUGACUACCUUCGGUCAUGUGAAGGUCCUGUAUGCAGGUCUCCUGGGCAAUGUGGCGAGGUUUUUGUACAUCUCCUGGCUCCGCGAUCCGUGGUGGGUCUUGCCCUUCGAAUUUGUACAAGGUCUGACGCACGCGGCCGUGUGGGCCAGCUGCUGUGCCUUCGUGACGCACGCCAUCCCGGGUGAACUCAAGUCAUCGGCGCAGGGUAUUCUGCAGGCCCUGCAUCAUGGACUGGGGCGUGGCUGUGGAGCCGUCUUUGGUGGUCUCCUUGUCUAUCGCUUUGGGAGUGAAAUCACCUUCCGUGUGUACGGCGUCACCUGCGUGGUGGUGCUGGCGGCCUACGUGGGCGCUAAUUACUUCCUGCAGCGGCGCGGCCUCUUUGAUCACGACUCCACCUUCUCUCACGAGCUCAUGGAGGACAACGGACCGCACCUGGCUCCUCACGGCGUCCCCUCCGGCAUGGGCCGUAACCUGUCCAGUUCCAAGCUAACGGAGGACUGGCAGACCCAACAGAAAGAUUACGGCUCCACCACCAACGAUCGAGACAGGGAUUACACGGCAGACCAGAGGGACCCUUGGGGUGGCGCAGGUGGCUACUCCAAUGAAGGCUAUGGAGGCUCUCAACAGAGAGGAAGUAAUGCAUUUCAACAGGAUUUUACUCCGUUUUCUGAGCCACGUGACCGCGUGUUCAUCGGGGAGGCGCCCAGAAUCAGCACCCAGCUCUACCAUCAGCAGCCAGACAACAGCUUUGACCAGGAGUACGGGCCGUAACCCUGCUGACUGCGGACUCGCCCACAGGUGGCGCUGCGCUGCACCGCGUCAUGGGAAGCAAGAUGGCGAGUGUCUUGUUCAAACUGCAGGUCAUAGUUUACCAGUCCGAAUGUGAUGUGAUAGCAUAUAGUCUACAGAUAUCUGUACCCACAUUCCCUGAAUCAUUUUAUGGUGAGGCUGCAGAUUUGUAAGCGAUGGCGGGCUUGGAGAAUUUUGUUCAAUUUUUGUGAUUGGGCAGAUAACGAAAGCAAUAUCAUUAUUUUCAUUUUUAUACUUUUGCCAAUAUAUGUUUUAUGCAGUUAUUACAAUGCUAUAUUAAAAUAUACUCCUUUUGAUAAAAGUUCCUUUCGUAAAGACAUCUCAAGUGUAAGGUAGAAAUAAGUGUUUCCAACCUGCGCACCGAAGGACCUUAACUUCUACUAUCUUAACAAAAUAAUGAUAAUGUCUCAGUCCCAUAGACCUGUCCAGAAAAUCUUUCAUUGUGGCCGAUUCCUCACAGCAGAAAAUAACAGACGAAUCACUAACAGCAAUAUGGCGAGCAAUCACAGCAGGAUCAAAAACGAAAUUUAGUGAGGGUUCGUGACAUUCUGACAUUCCAAUGGGGACGAUCGAGCCAGCAGAUUGUAGUGACGUGUACAACGACGAGCAGAACCCAAACCCGUUCAGUGAAAAGCAAGAGAGAAUAGUUGUACUGUUUCAAUCACAUACGAACCCAGGAUCGGUGAUCCUUACAUUCUUCCUGCUUCCUAAAGUAAAUGUCACAGUUUACUCGCCUCACUUUCUGCCGUCAGGGGCACCAGAUAGCUAUUCUCCAUUUUUAUCGGUUUCUAGGUAGGAGGUUCCUUUGAGACAAUCUUGCAAAUGGGGGCACUAUGUGUUCCACAGUGACUGCAACAUUAUUAGGAAAAAUAGUCGCGACAAAGAACAUGUUACUUUCCCCUGUUUUUAAUUCCCUUUGGAAACAACCCACAUGUAUCACUUUCAACGAUGUCUGACUCCUUUGGGGAGCUUUUUUUUAAAAAAUAUUUUCAGGGGUUUGCGAGAGGGGUUGAUGGUUGGGAGAAGGCGAGGUGGUGAAACAAAUUUGUGUGGAUCAGAUUACAAGGGAAAUGAAACCGCAGCAAAGAAGCCUACAUCGGUUUCCUCCCUCCCACUCCUAAAGUCUUACGAAACGAGAUGUUACAAGAUGGAGGAAAACAGCGAUUUUUAUAUGCUUCCUGUUUAUUGUUGUCAAACACCCCUAGCGAUCUGGCUGAUCAUUGUGGUGGUCCCUUCCCACACACGGAGAAUGCAUAAAAAACAGGCCAUUGUGUGCAUUGAAAAUCUCGGUACUUCCAUACAGGUCUGCUCGCAUCCUCAAGAGCGUGCACGUGAAGUCUGUUCGUUACACUUUUGGGUCUCAAGGGUCCAGGAUAGUAAUUCAAAUACCGCCAACUGUUGCUUGGCGCAAAUGUGUAUUGCAGGAUUACGUGAAAGAAACAACUGAAGAUGACGAAGUAACUACUAAAUUAUCUCUUAAUUUGUUUAGGGACCCUUGGUAUUGGGCCUUCUGGAAAAAAUUCUGACAUCAAGACCAGUCGGAGCAGUUUUUCUCUAAGGCGACUGUAGUUCAAGACCAAACUUUUAGCCUGUGGCGCGAAGAAGGGUUCGUCUUAAGGGAGGGAGGUAAGGAGCACACGAAAUGCUUGUGACCUAAGUGGCUUUGCUUUCAUCUGGGCUGACAGUUACCCUUCCCACCCCAGCCGGAUCGAAUCCACUCUUUCUUGCCAAGGGGUGAAAGUUCGGCCUUUAAGGGAAGUUGAGAUUUCCACGUGGGGGAAUGACACAAUAAACACACUCAUUUUUCUAUUCUCUGAUUGUCAACGAGCAUCUGAAGCAAACCAAUGCAAAGCUUUGUCCACGUGGUACCACAGGAUAGUUAUUGCCAGCCAAGCUCUUGAUGUAUGCUUGAAUAUGACAAAUAACUUAUAAAACCUCCAUCUUUAAGGUUUUGAGCCUGUAUAAAUUUGAAGGUUUGGUGUAUGUGAAUGCAUGCACGUGCACACAAUGUAUCCUGGGUAAUACAAUGCAGUAAUGCUGUUCAAUAGGCCUCAAGUAACACUGGAGUUGUGUGCAUCACUAGCGACCUGUUGUAGGUUUAGUAUAUAUACUGUUAAAGUGCUGUAGCUUUGCCUUUUGAACUCAGCAUUUAAUGGUUUGAAGGAGCAAUAAAAUGUCGCUUAAUGUUUAAAU